AGCGCCGCGGAGGCCUGCCAAACACAGCUAGCUCGAGAAAGAGCGAACAGUCUGUCUGGGGGACGAAAACAUAUCGUCGUCGGUCGUGCUGGCUUACCGCGUCAGUGAUUCUAUUGCCUGGCGCCUUGUGGACGCACUAGAGAUUGAUGGUAGGUGUUGAUUUCGUAGUUCACUGUGCCUGUCGGUUCUUUUUCAGGCCGCAACCGACAACGAUGUGGCAACUAGUGCUGUUGGGCUGGAUGAACGAGGUGAUUUACUCCCCAAGUCCGUUCGUCUACAUAACAACCCUGGGCUUAUCCUCUAUUCGUAGAGUUUGAUGAAGCAUUUCGUGUCUUCUGCAGCACUGGUAGCAGCGAUAACCGAAGCAUUGCUAAAACUAACUCCGUCCUCGUCCCUUUUCUCAAGUCCUUGGGUCUCCGGGACAACGUCGAAACUAUAGUGCAGCGGAUCAAAGAUACCUACCCAACUGGGCAUUCUGUGACCAAGGAACAGCUAUUGGAGGUGGUAGCACCAGCCCUGGGCACCAACUGGCCCGGGGAUGAAGAUGUGAAGAGAGCAUUUCGUGUGUUUGAUAGUGAAGGACUGGGCUUCAUAAAGGUCACUCUGUUGAAAAGGUUCCUAGUGCAGUCUCAGCUGGGAGUGGAUGAUGCUAUCUUAGAACAGCUGAUACGAGAACACUGUCAUAUUGACGGUGAUGACCUUAUCAAUUAUGAAGAGUUUAUCAGCAGUGUUCAGAACAACUCCCUACAACCAACAUGCUAACUACUUUGCAUUUUUAUGUGUAUUAUACUGAGUAUCAGCAUCAAAUUGACUGGAAAUGGAGAUAUAAUACAUGCACCGAAAAGUAGGUCCUGUGAUAUUGAAUGAGCACAAUAGCAAUUAACUAACAUGGCUUUCGCCUUUCGCUCAUGUUCUGCAACUGCCAGCUAUUUUAGGGAAAACAGGUAAACAUUCUUCAAGUUCAACUGACUAACGUUGGUAUGAUUCCUUCACUGCAAGAGGAAAGAGGUUUGUUGAUAAAGUAUUAUACAAACAUAGAAUCACGAACUUUCCCCGAGUGACAUCUGUAGCGCAGAAAUUUCAGCCUUCAAUUCAGCAUACCACUGCUGGCCACUGGCUUCCAGUUUUUGCUCCAGCUCUUCCUGUCUGUGCAUCAGCUUUUGAUUCUGGUCCAGCAAUUCCUCCAAGAGUGGCAUGAUCGUCUGUAAGGUCACGUCAGUCUUCAGGCCUGCUACAUGUGACAGUGGGUGGGAAACGGUACCAAUGUUGGGCCCUAGUUUUCCCUUGCUCUGCCCACCGUUUGGUAAAGGAACACCACACAUCCCAGAUGAGUGCCUUUCCUGCUCAGCAAACUGACUGGCAUGUGUACUCAAACCCGAGAUUGGUUGAUACCCAAUCGAUGAGGUUACAAAGCCAAUGUUGGCAGGUGGGUUUCCGUCGGGGCUGCUGCUGCUACUACUGCUAGACAGCACAACUCCAUCAAGACCUCCCUGCUGCCCGUUGGUCCCAGAGCCAGAGACACUCUGUGGCCGAGACUGUCUCCUUGAGGGCUUCAGUGAACGUGGAAGUGUCUUUCCACCCUUCAGAUUUUGCUCUGAUGAGCUCUUUUUUACAGGUUUGCUGCUGCUCUCCUUGACUCCUCUUAGAUUCUCUGAACUAGCUGCUCUCUGCAUGGGCCUCUGAGGUACCCUAGUGUGUGGCACAACUGACGACAAUUUACCACCAACGGUAGCAUCAUCUUUGGUCCGAGCAAAUGCCUUCAUUGGCUGUCGAGAAGCUGUGGCUGAAUUGGCUCCCGUCUUUCUUCUAGGGACAUGAUCCGGGACAGGUACAUGCUUCACCAGACGAGCCAGCUCUUGCUGCACAACAGCAGGCUUUACCCGGAAUCCCUCGUUGGCGUCAACACCUUUUCUGCCUCGGUCAGCUGACGACGGUCGACUGUUGGGUCUGCUACUAGGCCUACUGCUAGGCCUGGACCGAGAGCGGCGGGAGCUAUCUCGCUGAACUCUCUCCACAGGCACAAAUACACCAUAGCAUGGCUCACAAUUAAAGUACCGUAUUCCAUGCUUGGAUCCAUUGUUCUUACCCUCAGGUCUGUCCAGUUCAACCCCACCCCACACCCCGGACGCAAACUCCGGGCGACCGUAAUACCGCAACGUGCCAUACUUCUCUCGUCUGUCUUGACUGGAGAAGAAAACCACCCUCCUUCCAAGGUCGGCUUCAGUAACGAGUGAAGUUUCGGUCUCUCCCCCGCCAUUUUCUGGGCUGCUUGCCACUUCCUAAGGAGAAAAAUCCAACCGUAAACCAUCUUUCGGCAACGGCGUCGGCGGCUCACCUCUCCGUCCGCCAUAUGUAGGCGAAUCGAAACUGCACGGAACCUGCAGCAGCGCCCUCUUUCAGUUUAUACCUUGGGGGGCGAGGCGCGACGGAAAGCGAAGCGGCUGUGAGAGAUGGGGGGCUUUCCGGUUCUCGUCCUAGCGUUCGGACUCUCUGUCGGCUUUACCUUGGGAAGGAAGCCAGAGCCCCGACGCAGUGAGCGCGUCGUUUUAGUGACUGGUGCUGCAGGAUUCAUUGGCUUCCAUGCCGCCAAACAGCUGGCGGAAGGCUGGGGCGUUGAGCGGGUAGUAGGGAUUGACUCCUUCAACGAAUACUACGAUGUACAGCUGAAGAAGGACCGUGCAUCUUAUCUGCUGCGAAUAGGGGUGGAGGUGUACAGAGGAGAUGUUUGUGAUGGAGAGGUGCUGCAACAUUUGUUUGCCAAGUACAACUUCACUGAUGUGGUUCACAUGGCGGCGCAAGCUGGAGUCCGCUACUCACUGGAAGACCCUCAGGCCUACGUCUCUGCCAACUAUGAAUGCUUCAUCUCUCUCCUUGACUCCAUACAGAAAUAUCCGGCCUAUCUGGUCUAUGCAUCAUCCUCCAGUGUCUAUGGCAAAAGAGCUACUGUUCCUUUCUCUUCUGAAGAGCCCCUCAAGGCGCCAGGCAACCUGUACGCAGCUUCUAAGAUAAUGAACGAGCAUUUGGCGUCGGCGUACUGCUCUCAGCAUGACCUUCACUCCAUCGGCUUGAGGUUCUUCACUGUCUACGGUCCAUGGGGCCGGCCUGACAUGGCUGCCUACAAGUUUGCCGAGUGCAUCGUUACUGGAAUGCCAGUGCCUCUGUUUGAGGCUGGGCCUGGGGAGCAGCUGAAGAGAGAUUUCACCUACAUAGACGACAUUGUGAGUGGCGUUCUUUCAGCUCUAGAGAGGACACCAGAGCGUUGUGGGGAGGCCUAUAACCUGGGAUUUGGGGAACCUCUUAUUGUGGAAGACAUGCUGCAUUACUUGGAAAAGGAGCUGGCCACAACGGCUGUCAUUGACCGACAGCCACUCCCCCCCAGUGACAUGAUCCUCACUUUUGCUGACAUCACUAUCUCACGGAAUGUCCUAGGGUUUUCACCAAAGACACCUACUGCUGAAGGAAUCCACCGGUUUGUGAAGUGGUUCAGGGAUUACUAUGAAGAUCGGGUUCAGUGGGAGAAAAAAGGUCGGAGCUCCUCUAGAAAUGCUCGACUGGAGCAGUCACUGGCGGAGAGGGAGAAGGAGGUUUCUGCUGCCCGUCUCCAGAGAACUGCAGACAACAACUCUCUCUACCGAAAGGGGCUGGCUGCUCUCCGACAGAGAUACGAGGAUGCUGCUAGUGAAGCAGGUGUUCUUUUGCCUGUUUUAGAAAAGAAAGGUUUUAUUCUUCACAGUGGUAAGACCUCUCCUGGAUCUACUGUCAUCAAGGCUCCUGGUCUCCAACGCAACAGGCAGAAGUUGGAGGCCCGUUGCCUGGCAACAGAGCAGUGUGUAGCCUUCACCUCAGAGGGGGAGUUCAAGACAAGUGUUCUACCUCCAGAGCAGUGGUCAGACUCCACACUUGACCUCUAUGUUGCUGAUGUGGAUAUGUGUGCAGCAGACCUGCACAGAUGUGGACCUCACAGUGUCUGCCAUUCAUCAGGUCCUGGGACCUAUGACUGUGGGUGUGAAGAUGGCUACCUGAGGCUUGGCAGGGCUUGUGUGGAGAGGUACAGAGAAAGCACACCGUCAGCCUCUCAGCAGGACUGGCUGCUGGCUGACUUGAUUGACGGUGUCGACUGGCCUGCUCUCGUCGAAGACAGGGAGUUUGUCUUCUUUCCUGGGAUGGACUCCCCUGGAGGAGACUACCUCAUAGUGGGAGAGGGACUGGAGGUGGAGAAGGCAUGUCGCAGAACCCCUCACUGUCUGGCCUACAACACCAAUGGAAUACUGAAGCACAGUCUGCAGCCACCGCAGCAGUGGGUCCAGUGGACUGACACCAGUGGCCAUGGACUCUAUGUACUGGACAUUGACUACUGUCAGAUGGGACUGGAGCAGUGCCCCGCCCACUCCCAGUGUGACAGGUCUGCUCCUGGGAACUUCUCCUGUCAGUGUGUGCCUCCCUACCAGUCCAGCGGGGCUGGUGGCUGUGAGAUGCCAUCCACCCAGGAGAUAUCACUCAUUCUCUCGCUGGACAAACACCAUCUGGACGGUGUGCCUGCUCUCCUUCACUCACUAUGGCAACACACAUCAAAGGCGGACCAGCUGCGGGUGUACAUUGUUGCAGUGGACAUGAGCUCCACUGCCGUGCUCAGCUACCUCAAAUGCCACCAGAUUUCCUCCCUCUCGGUGGAGGUUAUGGAGUUGGCCUCUGCAGCAGUGAGUCCUCUCAGAAGAGUGGUGGACUCUCCAGACACUGUGGGGAACCUCGCCAGUGCUGCCAACUUUGCCAGAUUCAUGCUCCCUCACCUCUUUCCCCAACUCCACUACGCUGUCUACCUUGACACAGAUACACUGGUGCUGGGAGAUGUGGCUGAGGUUUGGAGUCACCUCAUCUCCUCCAACAAGAUGAUGGUCGCUGUUCCCAGGUCUUCUGUUCCCUAUGGAGGACUCUUCUCCAGUCAAGUCAAGGAACUCUUUCAGAGAAGAUACAAGAAAACCUUCUCUGACUCGGAGCCUUCAUUUAAUGCUGGGCUAUGGGGAAUGAACUUUGACAUUUGGCGAAGGCAGCAACUGCAUGUGGAGGUUGAAUACUGGACAGAACAACAUGCCCAGCAGGCUCUCUGGAGGUUUGGAACACAACCCAUUCUGUUACUGGUAGCUCAUGGACAGUGGGACCAUCUACCACUGGAGUGGAAUGUAGACGGCUUAGGGUGGAAUACAUUUAUACCUCAACAAACAUUAAACUCUGCAAAACUUCUCCACUGGAGUGGCCGGGGCAAGCCCUGGCAGAGUGAUGGUCUCUACCAUGAACUCUGGACUCCUCACUUACCCUCCGCAUGCAGCGGUCAUGGCAGGUGUACACAGAAAGAAGAUAAUGGGGAAUGGGUUUGCACAUGUGAACAGGGAUACACUGCACCACUGUGUACUAUGACAUAGCAAUUCUCUAGUUGUCGUAAAAGGAUGCACUGAUGAACUCAACGGCAGACAAAAAGUAUGCGGGGCUUAUCCAAAAGCACUGGUCUUUGUGGACUGUCUGCCUCUCUCCAUCUGAGAACUUUAUUUCAACUGCCUGCUUAGUGCCUGUGCCUGUUACUGUCCCCGGCAAGCAUGCUCCAAUACCUACACAACGCUAGAGCUAUAACAUGAUCUCCAGCCUGAAGAGUCCUACGAACAGUGGGAGGCCCAAACAUAUGUAGAAUGGUCUGUGUCUGCUCUGUACCCUCAGCCCACUGCACUCGAUAGCACUGUCUUCCCAACUGCUCUUUCACCACAGCUGGAUAGUAUACUCCGUCACUCUCUCUUCGUGCUAUGACGGUGUGCCCCACCCAGCAUUUCCCUCUCUCCUCCAGUAGACUUACUGCUGUUCCAUGUUGGGCUGGAGUCAGCUGAUGGGCCUCACUUUUGAAUGCCUAUUACAUCAUUAGCUGAUAAGUGAAUGCUUAAUGGUAUUAAUACCCCACUACUGUAUAUACACUGGCCCAAACCAUGAGUACAGGAACAUGAUGCCCAAGUAGUAACCUUCCACCCACAGACCAUGUUUU